AUGGGAGACUGUGAUAAUACAAAAGGAGACUAUGAUGACACAGUAGCAGAUUGUGAGGUCACAGUAAAAGACGGAGACAGUGAUGACACAGUAGGAGACCGUGAUGACACAAUCGGAGAUGGUGAUGACACAAUCAGAGAUUGUGAUGACACAAUAGGAUCCUGUGAUGACACAAGAGUAGACUGUGAUGACACACAAGGAGACCGUGAUGACACAAUAGGAGAGUGCAAGGACUCAAUAGGACACUGUGAUGACACAAUAGGAGAUUGUGAUGAAACAAUAGGGGACUUUGAUGAUACAAUAGGAGACACACAAGCAGAUUGUGUUGACAAAAGUGGAAACAGUUGUGACAUAGAAGGAGACCGUGAAUACAAAAUAGGAGAGUAUGAUGACACAGUAGGAGUUGGUGAAGAUACAAUAGGACACAAUGAUGACACAAUAGAAGACUGUGAUGACAUAAGAGGACACUUUGAGGCCACAACAGGAGACUGUGAUGCCACAAUUGGAGACUGUGACUGUGAUGACAAAGUAGCAGUUUGUGUUGACACAAGAGGGAACAGUGAUGACAGAGUAGGGGACCGUGAUGACAUUAUAGGAAACAUUAAUGACACAGUAGGAGACUUUCAUGACACAGUAGGAGACCAAAAAGAAACAGUAGGAAACAGUGAUGACACGAUAGUAGAGAGUGAUGACACAAUAGAAGACUCUGAUGACACACUAGGAGCUUGUGUUGACACAGUAGGAGACAACGAUGACACAAUAGGAGACUCUGAUGACAAAAUAAGAGACUGUGAUGACAAAGUAGGAGACAGUGAUGACACAGUAGCAGAUUAUGAUGACACAGUAAGAGAUUUGGAUGACAUACUAGGAGAAUACAAGGAUGAUAGAAUUGGAGAAUAUGAUGAUUCAAUAUGUGACUGUGAUGACGCAGUAGGAGACCGUGAUGACACAAGAGGAGAACAUGAUGACACUAUAGGAGACUGUGAUGGCAAAACAGGAGACUGUGGAGACCGUGAGGACACAAUAGGAGACUGUGAUAACAAAAUAGGAGACUGUGGUGAUACAAAAGGGAACUUAGAUGACAGUGGUGACUGUGAUGACACAAUAGGAGACUGGGAUGACACAGUGGGAGACCAUGUUGACACAGUAGGAGACUAUGAUGACACAAUAGGAGACUCUGAAAACAUAAUAGGAGAAUGCGAUGAUGCAAUAGGAGCCUAUGAUGACACAGUAGGAAUCUGUGAUGACAUAACAGGAGACUAUUUUGAUGACAAAUUAGAAGACUGUGAUGACACAGUAGGAGACUGUUAUGACACAGUAGGAAAGUGUAAUGACACAGUAGGAGACAGUGAUGACACAAUAGGAAACCAUGAUGUCAAAAUAAGAGAGAGUGAUGGCACACUAGACUGUGAUGACAUAAGAAGUGAUUGUGAUGACACAAUAGGAGACUGUGAUGAUACACUAGGAGGCUUAUAUGACACAGUAGAAGAUGAUGAUGACAGAAUAAGGGAUUGUGAUGACACAAAAGGAGACUGUGAUGACACAGUAGGAGACAGUGAUGACACACUAGGAGUUUGUGAUUACACAUUGGGAGACUAUGAUGACACAAUUGGAGACUGUGAUGACAAAGUAGGAGACAGUGACUGUGAUGACAAAGUAGCAGUUCGUGUUGACACAAGAGGGAACAGUGAUGACAGAGUAGGGGACUGUGAUGACAUUAUAGGAAAUAUUAAUGACACAGUAGGAGACUUUCAUGACACAGUAGGAGACCAAAAAGAAACAGUAGGAAACAGUGAUGACACGAUAGUAGAGAGUGAUGACACAAUAGAAGACUCUGAUGACACACUAGGAGCUUGUGUUGACACAGUAGGAGACAACGAUGACACAAUAGGAGACUCUGAUGACAAAAUAAGAGACUGUGAUGACAAAGUAGGAGACAGUGAUGACACAGUAGCAGAUUAUGAUGACACAGUAAGAGAUUUGGAUGACAUACUAGGAGAAUACAAGGAUGAUAGAAUUGGAGAAUAUGAUGAUUCAAUAUGUGACUGUGAUGACGCAGUAGGAGACCGUGAUGACACAAGAGGAGAACAUGAUGACACUAUAGGAGACUGUGAUGGCAAAACAGGAGACUGUGGAGACCGUGAGGACACAAUAGGAGACUGUGAUAACAAAAUAGGAGACUGUGGUGAUACAAAAGGGAACUUAGAUGACAGUGGUGACUGUGAUGACACAAUAGGAGACUGGGAUGACACAGUGGGAGACCAUGUUGACACAGUAGGAGACUAUGAUGACACAAUAGGAGACUCUGAAAACAUAAUAGGAGAAUGCGAUGAUGCAAUAGGAGCCUAUGAUGACACAGUAGGAAUCUGUGAUGACAUAACAGGAGACUAUUUUGAUGACAAAUUAGAAGACUGUGAUGACACAGUAGGAGACUGUUAUGACACAGUAGGAAAGUGUAAUGACACAGUAGGAGACAGUGAUGACACAAUAGGAAACCAUGAUGUCAAAAUAAGAGAGAGUGAUGGCACACUAGACUGUGAUGACAUAAGAAGUGAUUGUGAUGACACAAUAGGAGACUGUGAUGAUACACUAGGAGGCUUAUAUGACACAGUAGAAGAUGAUGAUGACAGAAUAAGGGAUUGUGAUGACACAAAAGGAGACUGUGAUGACACAGUAGGAGACAGUGAUGACACACUAGGAGUUUGUGAUUACACAUUGGGAGACUAUGAUGACACAAUUGGAGACUGUGAUGACAAAGUAGGAGACAGUGACUGUGAUGACAAAGUAGCAGUUCGUGUUGACACAAGAGGGAACAGUGAUGACAGAGUAGGGGACUGUGAUGACAUUAUAGGAAAUAUUAAUGACACAGUAGGAGACUUUCAUGACACAGUAGGAGACCAAAAAGAAACAGUAGGAAACAGUGAUGACACGAUAGUAGAGAGUGAUGACACAAUAGGUGACAGUGAUGACAUAAUAAAAGACUGUGAUGACAAAAUAAAAGACUGUGAUGUCACAAAAAAGACUGAUGACAUACUAGGAUACUGUAAUAACACUGUAGGAGUCUAUGAGGACAGUGACUGUGAUGACACAGUAGGUGACAGUGAUGACACAAACAUAGACAAUGAUGACACAAUAGGAGACUAUGAUGACACAGUAGUAGACGAAAGAAGUAAUGACACAAUAGGAGACUGUGAAGACACAUUUGCAGACAAGGAUGAUAGAAUUGGAGAAUAUGAUGAUUCAAUAUGUGACUGUGAUGAUGCAGUAGGAGACCGUGAUGACACAAGAGGAGAACAUGAUGACACUAUAGGAGACUGUGAUGGCAAAACAGGAGACUGUGGAGACCGUGAGGACACAAUAGGAGACUGUGAUAACAAAAUAGGAGACUGUGGUGAUACAAAAGGGAACUUAGAUGACAGUGGUGACUGUGAUGACACAAUAGGAGACUGGGAUGACACAGUGGGAGACCAUGUUGACACAGUAGGAGACUAUGAUGACACAAUAGGAGACUCUGAAAACAUAAUAGGAGAAUGCGAUGAUGCAAUAGGAGCCUAUGAUGACACAGUAGGAAUCUGUGAUGACAUAACAGGAGACUAUUUUGAUGACAAAUUAGAAGACUGUGAUGACACAGUAGGAGACUGUUAUGACACAGUAGGAAAGUGUAAUGACACAGUAGGAGACAGUGAUGACACAAUAGGAAACCAUGAUGUCAAAAUAAGAGAGAGUGAUGGCACACUAGACUGUGAUGACAUAAGAAGUGAUUGUGAUGACACAAUAGGAGACUGUGAUGAUACACUAGGAGGCUUAUAUGACACAGUAGAAGAUGAUGAUGACAGAAUAAGGGAUUGUGAUGACACAAAAGGAGACUGUGAUGACACAGUAGGAGACAGUGAUGACACACUAGGAGUUUGUGAUUACACAGUGGGAGACUAUGAUGACACAAUAGGAGACUGUGAUGACAAAGUAGGAGACAUGAUUGACACAGUAGCAGACUUAGGAGAUAGUGAUAACACAAUUCGAGACCUGGAUGACACAACAGGAGACUGUGACAACAAAACAGGAGACUGUGGUGAUACAAUAGUAGACUUUGAUGACACAGUAGGAGAAUCUGAUGACAGAAUAGGAGAAUGUAAUGACACAAUAGGAGACUGGGAUGACAGAGUAGGAGACUGUUUUGACACAAUGGGAGACCAUAAUGACACAGGAGGAGACAGAGAGGACACAGGAGCAGACUACUGUGAUGACACAGUAGAACACGAUGAUGACAUAUUAGGAGAAUGUGAUGACACAAAAGGAGACCGUGAUGACACAAUAAGAGAUUGUGGAAGUAGUGAUGAUAUAGAAGAUUAUGAUGACACAGAAGGGGACAGUGAUGUCACAAGUGGAGAAAAUGAUCACACAAGAGGAAACAAAAAUAGUGAUGACACAGUAGGAGACUAUGAUGACACAGUUGGAGAUGAGGAUGACACAAAAGGGGACUGUGAUGACAAAAUAGGAGACUAUGAUGACACAAUAGGAGACUGUGAGGACACAGUGGGAGACCAGAGGAAAAAUAUGAUACCAUGA